UCGAGGGCGGAGGGCGGUUCAGUGCUCUCUCAGUGAAUUCAGGAAUACAUCGGCGAGUUUUUCACGAGGAUAAGCGAGGAUGUGAUGAGACUAGAUCAUUCAAAUCAUUAGGAGUAUAUGAACGCGUUCGGAAACAGGAAACAAAGAGAUCAAUUAGUAUGAAUGAAAGUCCCACGGUGCGGUCAUGGGAUAUUGAAUGCCGCUUUCCACAAUUCAUUUAUUCAAGGCAUCAACAUGUGGUGUACCAAACAUGAGUUUUUACAUUCAAGCUGACAAUGGCUUUUACCUGUAUACCUUUCUUACAAUUGAUUCGCUAGCUCAGAAACAAAACAAAUCACCCUAAACAACCAGAAAUCAACUAUAUCUCUACUUCAAAUUUGUUUGUGAUAAGGAAUUUGCUCAAAGAAAUGGAUUACUCGCUGUGUAUCAAGACUAAAAGUGACAUUUAAAAAAGUCUUAACACUCUGGUCACAAACGGAUAUGUUCCACCCUAGACCCUCUGCCUUAGCUACCCUGGUUCACAUUGCUCUUUUUCUUGGUGCUAUAAACUUGGUGAGAUGUGCGACCAACUUGGAACUGCAUGUGCAAGGACUAUUCCCGCUGACAGGGCGGCAGGCAUCCAGGGGGUAUGCCGAGCUCGCCGGGGCAAGACUGGCCAUGAGGAGAAUUAAGAAUCCAACUGAUAUACAGUUUGCCCAUAAUGAUUCAAUGUGCAAUGUCGAGAUCGAGGCGGGGGUCGCAGUAGAUGCCAUAGCAACCGUGGGUUCGAACAUCAUACUCCUAGGCGGAGGAUGUCAGUCAACCAGCAGUGGUGAAGUUCUUCCCCAGAUCAUUUUCGAAUCUACCUUCGUCUCCUCAUCCAACCUUGUAAUCAACUUCCGCCCAACACUUUCUUCACUCCACCCAGCCUUGAUUUCUCUGAUUAUACGGCAAGGGUGGGGCGAGGUUGCCAUAGUAUUCCAGGAGGGCCAUAUUUAUGAAAAGGGGAGUGCAGUAUUGAGGGACUUGUUGAAAUCAAGAGGUAUAGCAGCAGGUCUAUACUUGAAAGACACGAAUCAGAAUGUCGCCAGCGUACUUAAGAGCUCAACCCUGCGUAUCGUUAUACUCUACCAAAGUGCCAGCCACGCCCGUGACUUCAUGUGCAACGUUGAUGAGGCCAAUGGGCGUUAUAGGUGGCUCUUACCCAUUGUCAACUCCACCGACAUCACCAGGGCCUGCCAAGACAAGAAACCCACGGUCCUCACACUCUCUCUGAAGCAAGUUAGCAUUGAUCGACAGUUCACCCAGAAUAUCGACCUGAUCUACGGCAUCGAAAUCGACAUCGACAUCGUCUCGGCCGCAUAUUCCUAUGACGCACUCUCCCUCAUCAUCCGGCAAUCACACAACAGCACAAAAAAUACUGAAGUCAUCACGCUCAUCAAGACGGGUACUUUCAGUGGGGCGACAGGUUUAGUUGAGUUUGGGGAGGAUGGACUGCGGUUAUUUCAAGCACGAAUCGAUGCUUAUGUUGGAAACGAUUUCUAUUCAUACGGAAGCUUCUAUAGCUCGUUGACCAGAUCUACAGGGAUGGAAGUCCUAGUGAAGCUGAAUGUCACAGAGCGCGUCAAGAAAGUAGUUGAGAUGGAAGGCGUUGGUCUUGUGUUUUUCGCAGUCAUGACGUCACUGGCCAUCAUUAUCAUAACAUAUGCAAUUGCAAUAAUGGGCUACGUCAUCAAGAUGAGGGACGAAAGAUUUUACAAGAUGACGAGCCCCAACAUCAACAUUGUGAUCCUACUCAGUGCAGUAUUAGUGUGCCUUCACGUGGUUCUUAUCGGCUUCGGCGCGGUCAAGAUGUCACUCGGCAUAAUCAGAGACGCCCAUGUGGCGAGUCGCUACAUUCUUUGUAUUGCCUUCUCAAUUUUCUACGGGGCCGUCCUCAUGAAAACAUGGCGUGUCUAUGUCAUCUUUAAGAAUCUCAAUGCUAAUGGAAAGCUGACGCGUGAUAUAGUACUAGUGUCUGUGAUCUUUGCUAUGGUAAUUGUAGAUGUUAUCCUUGUCUCAAUUUGGAGCUUCGCUGAUCCACUCAGAUGCGACAUACACAACACUUCGAUGAAAUACGAGGCUGUAUCAGGUGUCGACAGAAUCCAGCAGGUUUACGUCUGCUGGUCAGACUUCCAACCACUGUGGGUUAGCUUAAUCUACCUCUACAAGGCCGCCAUCUUGGCCACGUGUGUUUAUUUCGCAUGGCAGACAAGACACGUGACUCUGCCGUCCAUGCAGGACGCUCCCUAUAUUUACGUUGUGAUAUUAAAUGGUGCUUUCAUUGGCGUUUUGCUGAUACCGACUCUCGUGCUGUUCCCUGCAGAUGAGAAGCUGUCCUUUGGAGUGACGUCACUUGCUUUGCUCUAUCUUUCAUCGGCAAAUAUCAGCUUGUUAUUCAUACCGAAAGUUGUUACAUAUCGCCAAAUCCAAAAAGGAUUGAAGAAAGACGACAAGCUGGCUUUUAGUGAAUCCUUGAAAAAGACGCAGGAGGCCACUGAGAGGACAGGGUGCUUAAACAGUUGCUUUGGCUCAGUCGAGAAGGACAACGAGGCAUGGCAGGAGGUGCUGUCGGUUGAGAUUGAGAAUCUGAAGGCAACAGUGAAACAGAAAGAUGCCACGAUCCGAGAGCUAACUGACAGACUUUACUAUGGUGCGGACAAGUUCCAACAGUAUCUCACUAGGAGACAACCUUCGGCAGCUUCGUUAAGUAAUUCAAACUACGUCGGGGAAUCGGCAAGGAGGACUAAUGGCAAUGUUCAUCUCCCACAAAAACUAACCGGCUACCGUCAUCCUAAUGACACCGGUCAGCAGGUUACAUCAUAUUCAUCAUCAUCAGACAACAGUGGGAGGAAUAGCCAACGCCAUAGUCAGGCCUGUAUUGGUGAUUCGGGGAAGCAGUUUAUGGACAGCCUACGUCUGAAUGAUACUGGGCAACUUUUUACAAAUAACCGUCGCCAUAGCCACACAUACAGUGAUCAUGGUGUGGACAAUGGGGGUUACAGAAGUCGAAGUAGCAGUAAAGCUAGUAGAAUUAGCGUGCAGAUACAUAGUCAUAGUGACGAUUCGACUUCCACCGGGGACGAGGACAGUAUAAUUCCAACACCGAGGAUGGUCAUGGCGCCCCCAGUCGAACAACGUAGUAACUUGCAAGCAGUGGCAAAUGUCGCGUACGUUCGUUCAUUGGAGGACAUUAGUCAUGAUAGUGCUAUAGAAAAUCCACCCGAAAGUUCGGACAAGGAUUCGGAACGGAUUUACAACAAAAGUAACCAUCUCCGGAAUGCAUACACCCCGCCGCGCCCAAAUAGUUCAAUGAAUAGGUUAUCGUUCCCUCAUAAGUCCGAGGGGACGCCAGGUUCUGAUGACAGUGGUAUAGCAGCCAUUUAUAGCCCUGUAAACUUGCCAAGUAUCUAUAGCCCGAUGGAAUAUGAGAACCAGAGGAACAACUUGCCUACGCGAUUUAUGUAUGAAGAACCAAUGCAAGCAGACACUAUUGUCUAAAAAGAAGCUUUAGCUUACGGGAUCCUUACAUGGUUGAAGUCCUUCCUCUUUCUGAACAUAACAGUUAGAGGUGAUGAAGUUGAUACAUUAUUUUUGAAAAUACAAAGUAAUCUACACAAAGUUCCUUCAACCUGAUUGUGAGAACUUCAAUGUUCACAGUCGCGAAGUCUAAUGAAAACAAUCUUCCGGGCGAGCUUGAUUCGGGAAUAUGUUCCUCGCCGGUCGAAGAACUGGUUAAUGCAUACUAUUUCAUGGACACUGGGAUAUGAUUGAGAUAGCUUUUACGGUACAUUCAUUUUGUGACGACCUGUUGCUGGGUUGCUGAGUGUUGAAAGUUCAUUUGAUUAUUUGACUGUUGCUGUUGGUCGUUGACAGUUUGCCGUACGGAUUUCUCUGUCUAUACCAGAGCCAUUGAAAUAUGAUGUGGAGAAUAUGAGGAACACUAUCUUGAUUCAAAAUCUGCAACCUAACAUGACCUUAGUCGCCAAUUGUCAAAAAGUUCUAAUUCCACUACGGUAUCGGAACCUGUUAAUUUGUUUUCAGUUCUGUUAUUUCUUGCUUGAUUCAUUUGUACAUGUACGAUCUCAGUAUGAAAUA